ACACCUUGCACCUUUGGUACUAGAAUACAGAAUACGUAUGGGAUUACAGGACACUUGUAACGGGAUUAGCUAGCUUGCCAGAGCAAGGAAGAGCGACCGACCUCGACACGGGGCCUGGGACUGGGCAACUUCCAAAGUCUUUUGAACAACAACCAUCCUUCCACCAAAAAAAAAGUGUUGCUCCUCUUACAUCUUCCAGAACAAUGUGGUGUACCUUAAUAGUUCAAUCAUAUUUCCAAUCAGAUAUCAUCGUCUAGAUAGCCCCCCCCCUUUAAACAAAGUCGGUCGCAUGAGAAACCAACCUCAGCAAACAUUUCGUCUGAUACAGAGUUCCUAUUUUUUUUUUUUCGAUCGCCUCUUUCUAAUCGGUACAAAUAUUCCCCAUUUUGCUGGUUCCGGUCGCGUGCAUGAUCAACAGAAGGGGCCCGCUUAACCCCCGACUCGGCUCUUUCUUUAGUCUGCGUCCUCAUCCACACGCUCUCUUUCCAUCUCGAAUUUCAUCCUGCUGGCCUUCCCCAUGACGGCUGUCGCAAGCCCGCCAACUUUUGCUCAGCACAACCGACCGGCAUGGAGUAUUAACGGCGGACACGGCGGUCAGAUCAAUCCCAUGAAUCCUGACGAGCUGAACCGGAUGUUUCUGCCCCGAAAGAACCUGCAGCGAAACAACUCAUCCUCUUCCAUUUCUUCGAUUUCAUCCGUAUCAUCUACUUCGACUAUCGCUACGACUGGCUCCCAGACGAAUGGCAAUCCUGUACCAACCUCGGGUGAUAUGGGCGCAUGGAGUAAUGGUACCGGACCAAGAAAACGACCACAGGCAAAAGCCCCUUGGCCGUCGUCGAAGCCAGAUGCUCAGUCGGAUUUUGUCAGAAUUUCAGCAGGGCGUCCGCAGAUGGUUGGUAGUAUAAAUGGAUCUGCACCAAUGCAUUCGCCCUCGCCAGUAUUGCCUUCCCAAGGCAUGAUUGGAGCGCAACAGGGAAUAUCUCGUUCCAUGCCCGAUUCUCUACCUAGUGGGAACCAACCCGUUUUAUAUCUAUUGUCUCUCAACGGGACUUUCGAGCGCAAGACGAUUUCUGUCCCAUUCUCACCGGAGACCCUUAGAAUUGGUCGCCAGACGAAUGCAAAGACAGUUCCGACUCCAAUCAAUGGCUUCUUCGAUUCGAAAGUCCUUUCUCGCCAACAUGCAGAAAUUUGGGCGGAUCGACAAGGGAAAAUCUGGAUUCGCGAUGUAAAGUCUUCCAACGGUACCUUUGUCAAUGGUACGCGGCUGUCUCAAGAGAAUCGCGAGUCCGAGCCGCACGAAUUGCAAACCAAUGAUCAUUUGGAAUUAGGUAUUGACAUCGUCAGUGAAGAUCAGAAGACGAUUGUACAUCAUAAAGUGGCAGCAAAGGUUGAGCAUGCAGGUUUCUUGAACCCUUCGAGCAAUUUGCUCGAUAUGAAUUUUGGCGAUCUCGAUCCUGCGAACGGGUCUAUGAUGAUGAUGGGUCCCCAAGGCGGUCUCCCAGCUCGGCCCAGAGCGGGAAGUCAAGCGUCUAUGGCGAGCAAUGGGCGGAUUAUCGCGGGCGGUGGUAUGAUGGGAUCUCAAGGAAAUGUAAUCGGCCAUCAACGAGGCCUGUUCUUUUCGCCCAUUAGCACCGAGCAGAUUGUGAAGCGGCUUCAGCACGAAAUGCGGACUCAGCGUCUUCAAUCACAAGAUCUAGGUCGAACAAAUCAGUUUGUCCAAGGACUUCUAACGAAAGAUGAUAUCAAGGAUAUCGAGAAACCCGAGGCGUUGGAACAACCACGGUCACAGAUCAUCAACGGAAAUGCGAUAUCAUUUAGAUCCGACAACGGCAAGACUCGAUUCUCCGAUCCUCCAGCGCCUCCACCACAGCAGCCUCUGCCCGAGAAACCAGACGUUCCCUCACUAAGGCGAGGUAUCACUGAGCGACCGAAACAGCCCAACCAGAAUUCAUCGCCGACCCGGCAAGAUGGCAACACGAGUCAGAUCCUGCAGUUAACAGAAGCCUUGAACAACGCGAAGCGCGAGAUUGAAAACCAGAGUUCACGUAUGCGAGACCUUGAGGAAACUUUGCAGAAAGAGCGUCGAGCUCGAGAGCUCGCCGAGGAGUUGGCUAGAAGAUUAGAAGAUGCCUCUAACGCAAAGACAAACGGAGUUCCUGUAAAGUCAGAAACUGGUGAGAUUGCGUUGAAAGAAGCCUUCGAACCUCCUGUGGAUGAAGUAUCGCCCGCCACUGACAAUAUUUCCCCCGGUACGAUUAAAACAUCUCCGCAGACCGAAGCCAUCGAGGCUUCAGCUACACAAUUUCAUUCCCAGAUUGAGUCAAUGCUGUUGGAAAUUAGAGAUUUACGACAGCAGCUCGACACUUUCAAACAACGGGCGGAGACAGCUGAAGCUGAAAGAGAUGCGGACCGUAAGAGCCUGGCAGAAAUGGCUUUGCAGAUUCGAAGAGAUGCUGAAGCACGAGAAGCCGCCGCGCGGGAGAAAGUUUUAUUGCAUACCCAUGCUUUCGAGAACUCUAACAGCACAAGUGUAGCUUCUAAGGAGUUCUCGGUAACUGAAAAUACGCCUUCAGACUCGAGCCAGGAUCAGUCAAGUUCUAACGAACCCAUUGACCAGCCUACGCUCUCAAGGGCCAAUACCAUAACGCCACAUUCUACGACGCCUGGGCGUUCAGCACGCGAUCAGGCAUUGGCAAACAGCAUACCUUAUGCAUCAAUGAUUGGAGUCGUUCUUAUGGGUAUGAGUCUCAUGGCUUAUAUAAACGGGUGGCAACGGCAACUGAAACUUGAGCAAUGAGCAACUCAAUUACUACACAGUAGGGCCA